AGAUGUGGAGGGGUGACACACGGAAAGCAGCUGAGGACUGAAAUGUGAAUCUGUGAACAAAUAUGCCUUCAACUUGCCAACCAAGACGAUAGCAUCGACAUUGUUCUUUCCUUGAUCGUUCGACUAUCCUUAUCCACAUUUCUGAACUUGUGAGAAUAAAAUGGAGCUUUAUGGAAAGAUGGCAUCUACACAAGAAUCUCGAUAUGGCCAGAAAGAAACAGCUGACCAGAACUUUGACUACAUGUUCAAAUUACUGAUCAUUGGCAACAGUAGUGUUGGGAAGACCUCAUUUCUCUUCCGCUAUGCUGAUGAUUCAUUCACAUCUGCCUUUGUAAGCACUGUGGGCAUUGACUUCAAAGUAAAGACAGUUUUUCGGAAUGAAAAGAGGAUCAAAUUGCAAAUUUGGGACACAGCUGGGCAGGAACGUUACAGGACAAUCACCACAGCUUACUACCGUGGCGCUAUGGGGUUUAUCCUAAUGUAUGACAUCACAAAUGAAGAAUCUUUCAAUGCCGUGCAGGACUGGUCAACCCAGAUCAAGACAUACUCCUGGGAUAAUGCACAGGUUAUUCUGGUUGGCAAUAAAUGUGACAUGGAAGAUGAAAGGAUAGUAUCUGUGGAGAGAGGGAAGCAGUUGGCAGAUCAACUUGGCUUUGAAUUUUUCGAAACCAGUGCCAAGGAUAACAUUAAUGUAAAGCAAACAUUUGAACGGCUUGUUGAUAUAAUCUGUGAGAAGAUGUCGGAAAGCUUGGACACAGACCCUACUGUUGCUGCAGGAAAACAAAACACAAAACUCACAGAGAAUCCUCCUCCACAGCAACAAAACUGCGGAUGUUAGUGACUUGAUCAUAGACAUAUGGAAGAAAUCAAAUUGUGUCUAAAGAUUAGUCCUUAGUUAUUAGUCCAUGAAAAUGUUACUGUGUGGCCUCUAUAUAAUAUUAAACAAACCAAUCUAUAUUUAUUUUUUGCUAAUCUGUGCACAGCACUGUUUCCCAAGACCUCUUGCAUUAAAACUGACUUAUCCAAUCUUUAUUUAUAUUGGUAUUGGUUAUGCAAUUUUCUGUAGAUUCAAGGUUUAUGUGACUGUUAAGAGGAACAGUGGGUUCCUACAUUAAGUGUACUAUAUUUCUAAAUUUCUUAGAUCUCCCUGCUUACUAGAUUUAUGUGGCCUUCCAAGCAUUCCCUCAAUGAUGAAUUAAUGAUAAACACCUUAUCCUCAGUCUGCACAAAACUGUGAAUUCAGUAACAAAAUGUAUGCAUUUAACUUACUCGAAGUUAGUUUGAAUAUUUGAAUGAGUAUUCUGUGUACAGUAGUAAAUACUCAUACAUUACUUUUAGGAGGAAUUAGCAAUGUGAGGUUUCCUUGAUCCAUAAUAAGUAUUUGAAAAAAAAAGCUGUGCAAGAUAUUUGCAAGCAGCCUCAAGCGACAGUCAGCUAUCACAUUCAUAUCAAUACAUUGCCUGUUUAUAUUGACACAACAAAUACAAUGUAUAACUUGCAGAAUCAGGUCCUGAUUUUCAGAGCCACGUCCGGUAAGCCAUUUCACAAAUCAAAGAGUGAGAUACAGCUCUAAUGACACAUGAAACAGUGUUCAAAGAUGUUCAGCCAGUUCACUGGAUCUCGAGGAUACUUGAAAGACUUGAAACUGAGUUGCUAAAAUGUUAUGAGAAAGCAGAUGUUACUGACACGCCUUCAUAACAUUAAAUAUUAUUCACCAGAGUGCACAUUUCCAGAGACCUGUCCUUCUAGACACAGUGUAAGUUAGACAGUUGGAACCUGCAGUGUAACUUUGGUUUUGGUAACUGUCGUUUCCAGUCCCCAGCUACCUGUUUCAGACCAGCCUCAUUUGUAAUUUACCACCGGUAGAAUUAGGUUUAUUGUCACACAUAAUCACAUGAGUACAGCAAAAAGUUUACAAAGUUGCCACUUAUGGUGCCAUCUUAGGGACAAAGGUACCUGAGUACAGAUUCCUAGGAAUACAUUAGAAAGAUAAAGAAAUAAGAAGUUCAGCAUUACAGACCUUCCGAGCAGAGAGGACAGAGCAGACAAGUCCGCGCUGGCCUCUAGUGCAGGUCGGACUUCACCACCAGUCCAGGCUGGGCCUCACCUCCAGUCCAAGCCAGGCCUCACCUCCAGUCCAAGCCAGGCUGGGCCUCACCUCAAGGCUCUCGAGGCUGGGAGUCCGCACUGACUUCACCCUGGACAUCGCUGAUGCCACGCAAGGACGGGAGGUAAGAAGAAAAAAACACGAAAAGAGAAAAAAAGAAAAGAAACCAACAGAGUGGAUGAGCUCUGCCUCAGGAGUUCUACUCCCCCGCCAUCUUGGAGAUAUUUUGUAGUUUGUUGUAGAAGGAAUAUAGAUCUCUAUCCACUGAGAAUUUUCAUAAUAUUCAAGAUUCUUCUUAAAAACGUAUUGACAGUUUACCAUUCCCUUGGUAGCUCAAAAAUCUCAGAAGAGUGUUUUUCCAGCAUUUAGGCCACAUAAGUAAACUAAUUACAGAAAUAACUAUUUUUAGCUGCAGAAAAUGAUGUAUUAUGUAAUGUGUAAUAUUAGCUGUAACAAGAGUUAUCUUUCUGGUGUCUGAAUUUUUAUUUUUAUCUGAUGGAAGAAAUUGUAAAAUGGUGCAUAGGUGCUGAAGUAAUCUGCGUUUUAUAUUUUUGUGUAGCCUCUAUUGAGGGACAAUAGGCCAAUAAGUGCAAUAUUUCAGAAUAUAUAGUGCAUCUCUAAUUCAAUGCAGAUAUCUGUGCAAAGUUACAUACUAUAGGACUUGAAGUCAAAGACAUUUUAGUAUCAAAUCAGCUUUCACUUCAAAUUUGAGCAGUCAGUUAUCUAGCCAUUUGCAAAUCACUGAUACGUUAGACAAGCAUCUUUAACAAGAUGACAUUUAGCUUCCAUCAUUUAAAUCUUUUGGAAAAAAGAUACAAAAAUGCAAUGUUCAGAAUUUCCUCACUGUAAAGCAUAUGAGUGAAUUCAAAUUGUUUUCUUAAGGUUUCCCACAACUCAUCUGCCAAAUAAAUAAGUGGGAGGACCUCAUGAAAAUUCACCCAUUGUGUAUUUGUGGAAUAAAACUAAACUUUAUUCAAAUUGAACAGGUAAGAAAACAUUCUAAAGAUAGUUAAAUAUCCAUUCACUAAAAAUCAGCUAUGUAUAAUAUCAUAGAGCAAAUGCUUAAGGGAGUCCACUUGAUUAAUCCUUUACCAUUAAUCUCUAUCUAGUCCCUCCAUGGUCAUGCCUAACUGCCUCGCAAAUGACUUGAAUGAUCUUGCUUUCACACUCCAUUUCAAACAUUGAAAACUUUUGAAUGAUAAGGAAUUUCCUAGCAUCUGUCUUAAAGUUCCAUUUCACCAGUAAGCAUCUGUUUCCCUUGACCUACUUUUGUAGUGCAGAUUUUGGGCAUGUUUUUUCUACAUUUUGUAUUCCCUUUUACAACUCGAUAAGAUUCUAUUCACACACCUCCAUUCAGAGUUGAAGAGCCUACAUUUCUGCAGUUUUUCCUCAUAAAUCUGUCCUCUGACACAAGGGAUAUACCUCAUAGCUGUUCGGUGCCUCCAGGAAUUGAAUAUAUUUCACGUGUAGAUACCAAAUCAAGCCCUGGAUAUGAUAUACUAGAGCCAGUAUCUGCUAGCAUGGCGUGUGAUUUGCGGAUCCUCAGAGACAUGUUGGUCUUGUGUAAAUGUAUGUGAUACUAUGUAAAGUUAUUUUGAAAAAUACAGUUUGCCUGUGUAGCAAAGGUAUUGAAUAUGUGUGAUGUCUUCAGUGACCAUUUUUUGUGAAGAGUGCCAGGAAAAUUAUUUCUCUGUGUGAAUGUAUAUUGAACUGUGUGUAUGAAUAGGUUUCUGAUUGUGUGAAAUUUCAUUUUAGUACACACUCCUCAUUGACCUUGAAGUCUUAAUUGUGUUGUUGACAAACAAUAAGAAAUGGGUAUGUUGUACAGUAGUGAUCUGUUAAUUUUUUUCUGGGAUCGAGCAGUACUGUGAGUUAUACAGUAGGUAUUUGUUGCUGAGACUGAUGGAAUAAAACUCUCCUCUAACUGUUGACUUUCAGAUUCCCUAUAAAAUAACUUUUGACCAUUUUAAUACCGUUCCUAUUAGACAUGAUACAAAACCAAUACUAACAUACAAACACAAAAGGAAGGCAGAAAAUAAAAAGUAAAACCACACUGCUGACACUUCUGUGUUUGGGACUCAACCAUUUUACUGGGAUAGAGCAAAAAGAGAUUUGUUGUGUAUAUAUUGUGCUAUGCCUGACUUAUGGCUUAAUGCUGACACUAGGCAUCCAAAGUGAAACAAAAAUUGCACUCCUCUUAUAAAUAUCCCUUCCCUUUCCUUGUACAAAAUUAUUUAUUUUUUUGUCAUUGCUGAACUUGAAUUCUACAUCUUUUGAUCAUCUGGAGCUGUAAUUAAAAUGAGAUAGUAUGGUGCAGGUAGAUGAGUAAGUAUCAUAACGGGAACAGUCCAACCUGAACAUAGUUUAUUAUUAAAUAAAAGUUUACAGAUAUUGUGCAGACUGGAGAUACAGAGGCCAAUAUUUACUGAGGCCUUUCUGGUGGACAACUUGAAACUGAACUGCCACAUUUGUACAUUCUACAAAGUCUACCACUGCCUUCUAUAUAUUCGUUCAAGCUUGCAAGUUUUAUUAUCUAUGUAAUUAUCCCAGUUACUAAAAUAAAACCCUCUUCAACACAACUUAUCCCCCACCCCGGAUCAUGCUUACUGCCUGUGAAAGCUUGGUGAGGUGGUGUCAUAUAGACCUAUUGAAAACAGCUGUUUGAUCAAUGUUGUAAUCCCUUUAUAUAAACAUCAAAAUAAAAAAAUUAUGUUGUUGUCUAAACCUGAAGGUUAUGUAGGUGCAUAUUUUACCUCUGUUGUUAGAAUUUGUAAUCUAUAGACUGUACAGUAGACCAGGUAUUUUGUGUUUGUCCGUGAAAAAUGUAAAUGAAUGUGUGUUUGAAAGGAAAAUAAACUUGCAGAGACUAUAUCAA